GCUUAUGUUUGUUUGUGUGUAGGCUGCUGCCUGUGUGUGUUCUCACAAAUGAUCUUAUUUGGGGAUUUAUUUCUUUAAAAAUAUGUGCCUAAAAUAUUUGCUUUUGCGAUUUAAAUAUAUGUGACCUUCUUCACUCUACAUCAUUGUUGAUCCUAAACGACAUUGGUUCUUGUGCAACUCAUUUUAAAGCAUUACCCGAUCAGGUGUUGGGCAAGACCUCUGAAUCUUAAUUAUUUACCUUAGCAAGACAUUUUGGACAAUCCUAUACUUCCAACAUUGUGGAAACAGUUUUGUCCAGGCCUUCUUCUUUUGUGCCCCAGGGUGUCCGAGUACUUUCCUUCUUAUAGCCUUUUAAAAACAACAAUACUGUUCAAUUAGUACCUCUCACACCGUGUCAAUCAGCAUUAUAUAGUGUGUACCUAAUGAAGUGUCCAUUACCCGUAACCUUCUAUGAUGAAAUUUGCUUGGUCUUUUGUGUUGCCAUCAACAGAUUAUCUUUAGGUUCUGUUAUUGUUGGGAAUAGAAGCAGCAACAGUAAAAGAUUAACCCCGUUUCCCAGGGUGGAAUAUACUUUAUGAUGGCAAGGUUUCUAGAAAUAUGCCUGCGGUGAAUAUGGUAUUAAUUUGUUUAUGCUUACGUGUAGCUACGGAAGGCUUGUGAUAAAGAGGAUUAUAUUGACAGCUGUUUACAGUAAACAUGUUUUUUUAGGAGUAGUGUUGACAGUUCCCCAGUAGAUCCAGCAGAUGGGACUGGGUUUUUUUUCUGUUUGAAUGCAUUUUAUAAUUAAUACAGACCAAAUAAUGUGUAUACAGUAACUUGUCCCGUGUUGUUUUUGACUCAUUUUCUUAGUCUGUCAGCCUCUCGGUUGUCAUUCAAAAUGUAAUUUAAAAAAAAUUAGCCUAUGGGGGCAAUUGUGAUUCAGCCCUAUGGAAUCUGUGUGGCUAUGCUCAUGUGACAUGAGCAGGAAGUAAACUGCGCUGAUGUUAAUGUGUGUGCUUGAUAGCUAUUCUGGUUGUAAAGUAUGAAGAAAUGAAAAUUAGAUUUCCUGGUGUUUACAUUCUGGUGUAGUUUUGUUACCUUUCCAUUGUAAGACAUCGUUGUGGUUUUUUGAUAUGCUGGCCUGCAAAAUGCUAAUUAUGAAUGUGUGAAUGCGUGCGAUUUCUAUUGCAGUGCCCGCAGUGAUUGUCUGCAGUGCAGUUGACCUAGUUACACAGCAGCUGAGUAAUCGGGAGAGAAGCAGUGGUUGCACCACGCUAAGAAGAGGCGUAGGUGGUUAUUAAUAAGUAUAUAUAAACUAUGGAGGAUUUUGGACUGGAGGUCUAACAUUUGGGCUUUGGGUGGUGCUUUGAGGCAGGAAACUCCCGACUUCCUUAUCUUCUACUAAUGUUAGACUUUUGGCAGCUACGUGCAUCAGUAAUUAUUGCAUCUGAAUUGUCGUGUGUGUAAUAACCAGUUUAAUGUUCAAUGGAAAAUGUAUUCUUAAAGUGAUGCAAAACUACUGCGAUUGGCUAGCGACCAGGGUUUACCCCGCCUCUCGGCCGAAGUCAGCAGGGAUAGGCUCCAGCAUACCACCUCGACCCCAGUGAGGAUAAGUGGCAUAGAAAAGGAAUGAAUGAUGCAAAACGAAAGGGACACAGAGAUGUCACAAUAUGAACACAUUAACACUCACCAAAAAUAUAUUAUAAUUUAUACUGAUUGUCUAUGUUGUUUAUUAAUAGAAUUGUACAGUAAUCCACCACGACUCACUGGCCACAAUUUUAGGCACACUUGCACAGCCUAAAAUGAUCCAAUGCGAGAGCAUUUGCUAUACUAAAGAUAAUAUUAUUGUAGUUGUAGUUUGCUUACUGCUGCACUGCCUUAUCCGAAAGGCUGUUUCUAAUAUUAUGACUCUAUCAUGUGGCUAAUUAAUAGUAAUAUUAAGGGUAUAUGUUCAGUUUCUUUUUUACGUGUUUUACAUGUUUCCACCCGGGUAGCCACGCCCCAACCGGGUGGCCUGUCAGGUCAUUUGGGUUGGCCUGGCCUAGGAAGUACAGCGACAUGACAUGUGACAAUGGUCAGGUGACCCUUCCAAAGAAGGGCGCAGAUGACAGUGGAAACAUGUCAAGACUUUAACUUCCACACCAUGAAUGCAGUGGUCAUCAUCCAUCGUCCUCUAUCAGCAUGAUUGGAGCGUCCGGUCUCUCGGGGGACACCCUGAUUGCAUGCCACUUUCCGUUGCUUCCGCUCCCCGCCUGGCAACUCCCUGUCCAGGCCCUUUGUGGGUCAGCCAAGAGGCCUGGCUUGUCAGGUCUGACCCGGGCGGCAUCCCUCCCAGAGCAGGGCACACUGCGUCAGGAGCACCCCAUCACUAGCAGCCGGAGACAUUUUUCCGGCACCUUCAGCAGUCUCAAUGAGGACCGGGCAGAGGAAGAGGAUGAGGAGGGCACCAGCGACUCAGCCUCAUCACUGGAAGAAGCGACUUUCAAGAAGGAAGAGGGUGGAGCUAGAGGUGGUCAGCGCUCGCACAACUCCUUCCUUCCAAAUCCAGAUUUGGAUGAAGAUGAUGAAGACAGUGACGGAGAUAACCUUCACAAGUAUCACGAGGACUCAUCUUUUGUGUUGCACGGGACUUCCACCUGGCUCAGGAGAGCCCCAGCAUCGCACAGGAACUUAGACAUAGACUGGGGCCAUGAAAACUUGCUGCAAGGUGACUGCGGAUCUGGUGUCAUGGACAUGGAUAGGUUGUCCUGCUGUAUCCACAGCCAGACUUCCUCAGAGUUUUUCCCAAAUAUUCAAACUGAGUGUACCAGUGACUCCUCCUGUGACAGUUCUGAUGGCAUCUUGGUCAACUUCUGUGCUAUGUACAACAGGAGCAACAACCCGGCGGCUGAGCCUUCUCCAUCAUCAGAGGGGUCCGUAGUCCUCAACCUCCAGCCUGUUUAUCCAAGUGAGGUUCUCCAACAACGCAUUCACAGUCCAUUGAGAGAAGACUGUCCCUGGUCACCUCAAGGUCUGGAGUCCAAUUGCCAUCAACCUCCCGGUCUCUCCUCUCUGGAAAUGUCCGACCUGGCCGCCUGCUUCCAAAGCCAAGCCACUCUGGCAAUGGGGACCAACCAGAAGUACUACAAGCUGGUGACUUGUGACCUUUCAUCCCAGUCUCCUGUCGCUUCCUGGUCCAGCGUCACCUGCUGCCAUGAGGAUCACAGCCCAAGCCAAGCCAGUCUUAAUGCAAGAGGACAACAUUGUGAGGACAAAGAGAAGAAUGAUCAGGUGGCCUCCACUUCCAAAGAGAAAGACUCCAUCCAGGCUCACCCCCACAUACCAUGUUUAUUUUGCUUCAACCAUAACUCUACAUGCCAAGUUGCUAGUGCUGCACCAACUCAGGAACCCAUCCUACUUGACCAUGUCCAGGCUACUGAGAAGGGGACAACUGCAACGCACUUCAGUAAACCUCAGAGACCAACGACCCUACCCAUCCAGCCCAUAGUGCUCGGCCCCAGGGAUAGACCUCAGGCCCAGGCCCAGCAGCUCGGCUGUCUUGUGGAGCGAUACAUCAAGCAGAAAAAUGAGAAGAAGAAGUCUUGUGCAGGAUUCAAGCGUGAGGGCAAAUCAUUUUCCAAUGUGAAGCCACCAUCAUUAGCAGAUAGCGCCAUCUUCCUAGAGGCUUGCUCCAGCUCUGAUACCUGCUCCACCUGCACGCCCAGCUCAUCAGACGGCCCCAACCGAGGACAUAUGUGGUCUCAGGCAAACCAUAGUCCGAGGAUAUCUGAAAUCAGUCCAGGUCAAGGUAAAACAAGUCCAAAAAACUCUGGAAAAACUGCUAAAGGGUUGAUACCAGAUGCCAGAUUUGUUCGAAUCCCUACCUACCAGGACCUUAUUAGCCUAACAACCCCUAAGGAGGCUCAGCCCCAAACCGAGAGCCUGUUUGAGUCUGCAUUAUCUCAUAUGACACCACAAACCAGUCAGGCAAACCCUCAUUCUCAGACGUCUCAGCCUCAAGCAGACUCAUGCUUCAGUUUAAAGACUGCACUCUCGUCAGCAGCCCCUCUAAACUCUUUGGGUUCCCUGCUGUCCUUCACUGCAUCUGGUAUGCAUCCUCAUCAAACCCCCAAAGGGAUCAGCGAAAGUGACCCUCUGCUCCCGACAGAUGCCUGCUUCUCACCUGACACCUCUUAUGAGUCCCUGUCCAUCAGUCAUCUCCAGAGAAGAGGUUUGCUGAGGUCUGUGAGCAUGGCAGUUGAUCUAAUCAUAGCUCAUUUUGGAAGCAGCAGAGACCCUGCAGAAAAGAUGCGUUUAGGUACCAGCUCUCUAAGUCCUAUGAUCGCCAGUCUGGUCUUGGAUCGCCUGUGUCCAGCUCUCCAGAAUGUUCUCGAGGACGGCCUCAGAGAUCACAAACUGGACGUCGUCGUCGGUCAGCGGCGUAUCACAUCCUGGAGUGUCGUAGAAGUCUCCACCAAGACUGGUCCAUCCUUGAAGGUUCUCCACGGUUUGGUGUGUAAAAUCAUGCAGUGUCCACAGCUUAGCAGCAAUAGCAUGAGGCUGAGGGCCUUCCUCAUGGGCUUGCUGAACUUGAGAGCGUUGGAGUUCUGGCUCAGACACCUCCACGGUCUAAAACAUGUGGUAGCGGCACACUACCACUGCUGGGGCUUCCUGUCCAUGUCGCUGGGUUGCUGUCAGCCGUUGUUUCAGGAGCUUCUGCUUCUUCUGCAGCCUCUUUCCGUCUUACCCUUCGAACUGGACUUGCUCCUGGAACCCAGGUUGUUGCGUCACAGACCACUGGAGUGUGUUUCCCCUACUCCUGCCUGCCCAAGGCUCUCUGUUAGCAGGAGGCCUUCGGUAAUGCAGGUAAAUAGGAGUCGGAUGGUGUUAGCUUCUGUUCCAGAGUGGCGACCCGAGGACCCGAGGGACUGUUGUCAUAAUGGUGACGAUAUCAGGUCUCCAGUUUGUAGGAAAGAAAGUGGAACGGCUUCUAUUUCCGGCCUACGCUGGGCCAAACUUUUCGGAGCAGCUUCCACCAGGCUUCAAACAACUACACAGAGUCGCACUGCACCUGAUAUCAGAGGGUGCCGUCGGCCAUCACAGUGGCUGUAUCUGGACUCUUGGCUCAGUCCAUCAGGUCAAUGAAGACAAGACACAAGACUUUGGAAACAAAAAAAAUCUUAACUUGUCUAGUUAAUGCAUGAUACAGUCAUUCUGCUGCACUAAUCACAGAAAACAUAAGAGUCACAGCUUUGGCACCCGCUCACCAGGCAUCCCUGUAUUUAACCCUCUGGGCUGAGGCAGCUAUUGAAACACCUUUAUUAUCAAAAGGUCAAAACUGGUGACUCGCAAACUUUUAUGGUAGCAUUCAAACACUCAGGUGAGGAAUUCAAAGGCUGUCAUAUUUUUCUCCAUGAAAAAUAUAGAAUGAUGUCGCUUUAAAUCAAACUAAUACUGUAACCAUGAGAGGUAACCAUAAUAAGAUAUCAUCACUGUUGGACCAAUGGAAGCGCUCAUGCUAAUGUUGGGAUGCUAGCCAAAGCGCUUUCUCUUAUUGUUGUCAAACCUUACCAGUUUAGUUCCGCAUAUUUACCGGUCAAUAAAAUCUUUUAUUUAUUUAAUGUGGUAUUAUUCAGAUGUUGUUUUCAAUUCAAUUGGAAUUUGGGAAGAAUCCAUAUCCAAAUUGACAACAUCAUGCUAACGCUAACUACUUUUCUGUGUCACUUUUCUCAUACGUACCGGUCAAUAAUUGUGUUAAAUCUAUUUAAUUUCAUUCAGGUUUUGCGUAAAUGAAACUACAGUCAUCCCAUUGAAUUUUGUGGAUUCACUCUGUCAUGGCUUCUCAAAAAUAAUUAAUAAAUCAGUGCUGUUUUGUGGUUGACUAUGGCCUAUCGUUAGUAAAAAAAAUGCACAUAUUUAAGCAAAUUUAACAUUUCUGGCCUAAAUCAAACAUUUUCAAGCAUAGAAAAUGCUAAAUGAACUAAAAAUACAAAUAUAAGGCAUUCAGAAGACAUUUCUGGCCUAAAUCAAACAUUUUCAAGCAUAGAAAAUGCUAAAUGAACUAAAAAUACAAAUAUAAGGCAUUCAGAAGACGCAUUCAAGUAUGUAUUUGAUAUGUAGUAUUCUUACUGGUCACGGUGUCAAUACAUUGAUUAGACAAUGGCUCUCUGUUAUUGUCAAAUCGUACCAGUUUUGUUCCUCAUAGUUACAGGUAAAUCAUUGCAUGCCAUUUAAUUUGACAUUAUUCCGGUGGUUCUUUAAAUAAAAAAAUAGUAAGAAUUUCAGUGGAAGCUAAAACUAUGUUGAAAGGAUUAUGCUAAUGCUAUUCUGCUAAUGCUAACUAAAACACUUAAACUACUUUUCAGUGACACUUCUUGUGCAGACAGGUAAUUAUUAAUUAAUUCAAUUUCAUGUCACUUUAUAAUUAAUUAUUUCAUUAAAUUGAACUAGUGUGCAUUGUUUGUAGUUUGAGAGUUAGCUAACCCUAAUCCUAUAGUAAUUAAUCUUCAAGGUAGGCCUAAUGGAAAGGAUGGUAGUAAUGCUAGCCAAAGUGCUUCAGCUACAUCCCAGUGUCAUAUUCUGUUAUUGUUGUUUAAUUCCUUGUGCGUACCGGUCACUAAUCAUUAUUCAUCAUUAUUAUUUCAUCAUAUCUUCUUCAGGUGUCGCUGUGAGUCAAUUAAUAUGUAUGAAUUCAAGAGUCAGCCAUAAUAGUGAGACAUAAUAGAAAGGAUUGUGCUAACGCUAACUAAAACAGUUAGCACAAAGCAACCUUUCAUCUUCUGUUAUUGUUGUCGAAUAUCAGAAACUGACACUCUUUCUUUUUUCUUUAUUGGUGAACAUCUGAAACAAUGUCAAAAAUAACAUUGUUAGAGUAGCUUGACCAGUUUUCCAAACAAUUUAUCAGAAAAAGAGCCAAAUAAGUCAUUAUUACAUAUACCCUGUUCCUGAUAGUUCCUGUUUUACGACCAGAACAUUUGUAUUCAUGUAGUCCAUUGCAUGGUUUUGCAUGAUAUUGCCUUUUUUUUUUUUUUUUUUUAAAGCUAUAGAGACAGAUUUUAAUCCUCUGGUACAAACAGCAGUGUGUUGUUUCUAAAAAAAAAAGUGGAAUUGUUCCUAUACUCUCCAAAGAUUAUUCUUUCAAUUAAACAGUAGGAUAGCCUUCUUGUA